AUGGAGAAGGGCAUUGGUGAGGCAUUUAGCUCAAUACCCGAGGGCGGCGGCGCGGCGGCGAUGGGAGCGGAGGAGAAGGAGAAGGAGAAGGUGAGAGUGAUGGUGGCCAUCGACGACAGUGGCGAGAGCUUCUAUUCUCUGCAAUGGGUUCUGGAUCAUCUCUUCGGAUCGCAAAAUAAUGAUGAAUAUUUGCUUAACAUCAUCCACGUCAUCGAGCCCUUCCCCACCUACAUGCUUCCCGGAGCUCCUGCGGUGUUCCCCUCAACUUCGAUAGUAAGAUCAGUGAAUAAAGCCCAAGAAGAAAAUGCAUCCGCCAUACUAUCUCGUGCAAUUGAUAUGUGCACUCAAACAAAUCAGGUUCACAUAAAUACAUCUAUAAUCGAAGGAGAUCCGAAGGAAAUGAUAUGCGACUUAGCCGAGCAGAUGCAGGUUGAUCUUAUUGUUAUAGGCAGUCGUGGGCUUGGAAAGAUCAAGAGGGCAUUGAUGGGGAGUGUUAGCAACUACGUAAUUCACCACGCCAAAUGUCCGGUUCUCGUCGUAAAGACGCCAACGACUAAAUCAAUGUCUUCGAAUGCUUGA